GCGCGGCGGGCGGUGGCGGCGAGGCGGCAGCCGAGAAGAUGGCGGACGGCGACAGCGGCAGUGAGCGCGGCGGCGGCGGGCCCGGCGGCUUCCAGCCCGCGUCCCGCGGCGGUGGCGAGCAGGAGACGCAGGAGCUGGCCUCGAAGCGGCUAGACAUCCAGAACAAGCGCUUCUACCUAGACGUGAAGCAGAACGCCAAGGGCCGCUUCCUCAAGAUCGCCGAGGUGGGCGCCGGCGGUUCCAAGAGCCGCCUCACGCUGUCCAUGGCAGUGGCCGCCGAGUUCCGCGACUCGCUGGGCGACUUCAUCGAGCACUACGCGCAGCUGGGCCCCAGCAGCCCCGAGCAGCUGGCGGCGGGCGCAGAGGAGGGCGGCGGGCCGCGGCGCGCGCUUAAGAGCGAGUUCCUGGUGCGCGAGAACCGCAAGUACUACCUGGACCUUAAGGAAAACCAGCGCGGCCGCUUCCUGCGCAUCCGCCAGACGGUCAACCGCGGCGGCGGCGGCUUUGGCGCGGGUCCCGGGCCCGGCGGCCUGCAGAGCGGCCAGACCAUCGCGUUACCCGCGCAGGGCCUCAUCGAAUUCCGCGACGCUCUGGCCAAGCUAAUCGACGACUAUGGAGGCGAGGACGACGAGCUGGCCGGGGGCCCGGGAGGCGGCGCCGGGGGCCCCGGGGGCGGCCUGUACGGGGAGCUCCCAGAGGGCACCUCUAUCACGGUAGACUCCAAGCGCUUCUUCUUCGACGUGGGCUGCAACAAAUACGGGGUGUUCCUGCGAGUGAGCGAGGUGAAGCCGUCCUACCGCAAUGCCAUCACCGUGCCCUUCAAAGCCUGGGGCAAGUUCGGAGGCGCCUUUUGCCGGUAUGCGGAUGAGAUGAAAGAAAUCCAGGAGCGACAGAGGGAUAAGCUUUAUGAGCGUCGUGGUGGGGGCAGCGGCGGUGGCGAAGAGUCCGAGGGUGAAGAGGUGGACGAGGAUUGAAAUGGGCAGCUUCCCCUACAGGCCUCCCCCGCCCCAUCAUCAACCAUACCCUUGGCUAGAGAGUUCCCCUUUUUGCUCAUCCCCAGUGAGCUAGUGGAGAGGGAGCAAGGGAGGCCCCAGAGGGAGAAAACAAACAAAAGAUAAUAUAGUUAAGAGAAAUAACCAUAAGAGAACAGUCACGGACAAUUAGAGAAAAGCAGUAAAGUUCCAAGGAACUAACAGCAACCUGCAAAGAGAGGACAACAGCAUCUCCUCACCUGCGCAAAAUAGUCUCAGCUUCUGUUGUUUCCCAACUGAGUUUCCCAAUCCUAUCAGGAUGACCCUGGAGGGGAUAGAUCCUCGCACAUCUGGGCCAAGAAACACAUCUGAGUUACCCAGGUCCAUUGAUAACUGUUGGAUUUGUGUUUUACUUGGGUAAUCUGGUCUAAAGGAUCUCUCCAGGCCUCACUGUUGCAGUCUCUUUCCCUUCACCUCCAUUGAAAUCUACAUUUUGAAUCUAGGUCUUCGUGGAAUCUUUGAGAAGACAGAGGCCUUUGUAGUUACCGAGUUCUGAGAGUACAGGUUCAUGGAAAGGAAUACAACUUUAAAUAAUCAUAGACGGGCAAAAAUAAUCAUUCAAGAGGCUAUUGGAGAAUACAGAAACAAAUUGGACCCAUUUUUUUAAAAAAUGGUUUUGCUUGGAACCUGGACCAAGGCCCAUGUCUUUUCUUUGCAGAAUUGUUUUCCAGGAUGCAAAUGGAUUCAGAUAUCAAUGCUUGAAUUAGAAUUCAUUACUAAAAUAGUUUUAAAGUUGGCAAAAAUUUUUCAAAGAUAAAAGCAGUUUUACAUUGGGGAUUGCUGAGGUAGGCACAAGACAAAGUUGGGCAUAAAGCACAAGGCAAACUGUUUGAGUGGAUUGGUUGCUGCUCACUAAAGUUCUUCCCCUGAUCUCUAAAUACGGAGAUCAUUACCAAGAAAUGGCUUAGAUAUGAAUAAGAGUCAAAUCUCCACUGUGUGAGCCAGUGAAUUAUGGCUAAUUCGGCUGUUACGGCCACUGGUUGGCUGAAUUUUAAACCAUAAAACUUGAAGAUUACCUGCAAAAGGAACAGUGUGGCUACAAGCCUGAGCUUUAAUGGAAUAUACGUCCUCACGGAAAAGUUGGAAAUAACCAAAACUGAAGUCUUAAUUUACCUUCAGUUAAUCUGUGGAUUUGUUCAAAUGCUAAAGAUCCUCAGGUCCAGAAUUCCAGCAUCAUUUAUUCUUUUAAAAUAAAUUUUUAAGAACUUGAUCCAUUGUAUCAGUACCUCACAAUCAAAGUUGGCAAAUGAUGGAUGAAUGAUUCAAGCAGUGCACCCGUUGGAAGCUGAAAUCCAUCUGUGAAUGGAACUGAAGUAAACGUGAAUAUGCUGACUAUAUCCUGGAAGCGUUUUUAUACCAUCUUGAAAUUUCAACAAACUGGCUUUUGCCAGUUUAUCCAGCUGUCUUUCAAGAAUAAAAGUUGGGGUUUUCAAGGAUCGCCUCUUCUAUAUUUUAAAUGGAUUUUCAGUAGAAAUGAUUUUUACUAAUCGAGUUAAUCCCACCCCCAUCAAAAGGUAUUCCUAGAAAUGUCAUAGACCUAGGUAACUUUGAAUUGAAUGGGAGCUAACCUUCUUUCCAAAGUUUUCAGGUAUUGUUUGUGUGACACCUUCUCAACCAGGAGGCAAGUAACCCCACCUCCACAAUCUUAGCAUUUUUUUUAACUGCAUGCCUGCCCUUUAUUUGAGCUGCCUUUUUAAUUUAUUGCAUAUCCUUUUUAUUAUCUUAUUUUGGUAUUAUUCAAUCUAUACAAUCUUUUUGUAUUUAUUGGGAAAUGAGUAAUAUACAAAAAGGUUUUCAUGUAUUUGUGGCUGAGAGGGUGGGAAAUAAUUGUGUAUAUAAAAUUAGGCUUUUUUAAAAAAUAGACAAUGAUGCAGAAUAUUGUUGAUCUUAGAUUUAAAAAAAAAAAAAAAAAACGUUGAAGAGCCACAAACAUUGGUGCCCUUUUCAGACUAUUUCUCUACUCUCAUCAUCCACAGUAGAAUUUUUAAACAGAUUUUUUUAAAGCUUUUCUUUUAAAUUUUUCUCCGUUGCAAAGAAUGUUUCCUAAAUUGUAUGGGAGCAAUAGUAUUUUUGAUGUUUUAAUGACAUCCGUAUACUUGUACUGUAUUUUGUACUACAAGGCAGCUGUUUUCAAUAAUGUCCUGCUGUAUUUACCUAUGUGUUUUGAGUGUUUAUUUCUUUGCUGCGGAGAACAAAUUCCUAAAUAGUUUUAGUAAAGGAGCUGAAAAGCUAGCAUUAGGUUUGCAGAAACUGUUUAAGUUUCAUACUCUGAGGCAGCAAUGAAAAUUAAGGUUGCAGCUAUUAGUUGAUUGCUGUAACUUUUUCAUUUUCAAACCAUGUAAAAUUCCUGUAUAGACCAACUUGUUUUCUUGCUUCAGUGGUGGUUCUGUUGCUCAGCUGCAGUGAGCCAGUUCAAUUUUGCAAAGGUGCAGUACCUCUCCUUUUCAAGGAGUUGGUUUAUUCUUUUUUCUUUUUGUUUGGCUGAAUUGCAGUAACUAGCCUUGCCUUUCUAUUCUGUAGAAAUGACAGGGUCUUCACAAUCCUUCACCAGUGGCUACCAAGCUAUAAUUAGCUGAAUAGAAAGAAUGUGGAAGUGGUCUGAGGCAUAUAGAGUAUAUGCCAAGAACACUACCAUAUAUGGCAUCAGCUUUGGUUACCAGAGAAAUUUUCUUAGUCAUUAGACCAUAUAACAGUAAUAUAUCAUAUGUAAAUCUUUAGAUGUCAAUUUGAGAAUCCUCCAAAAAAAGGAGCAAAGAAUGCAUAAGCUAUGUGUUGGCAAAAGUAAUUUAUAUUAAAAUUUUGACCUGCCUAUGUAAGAUUAAGUGGUAAAUGUCAUAGUGGUGGGUUUUUAAGUCUUAACCAAUCUCUAAGGUUUGUUCCUCCUGCAAGGAGUGGUUCAUGGCCUCUCUUCCCACUGCAGGAAGAUGCAGAAGGAUGUGGAUUAAUUGUAGCAGUUCAUUGAUCCUCAUUCCAAUCACUAGGGACAAUAGAAAUCUGCAAAGCACAGAGAUACAUUCAUAAGUAUUAGCUUAUUAAAGGAAAUGGUCUUUGUUAAUUCCAGUCAGAUAAUAGAAUUGUACAGACUAUGGGAAACAACCAAUUUUUUUUGUUUUGUUUCUCAGCUGCUUCUGUGAACGAUUUAGAGCUUGUUUUUUAAGUUUGGCAAACAUCCCAGCUAAUCAAAAUAGUCAUAUUUCUGAGAAGUAGGGAACUAAAACUCCUUUUCAAAUAAUUGGUGGAAGGUUUGUUUCUCAAACUACCAUAGUUACAGAGAUGAGAAAUCAAAUUUUAGGAAGAGAAUGAAAAGAGCAAAAAUCUGUGAAGAGAUCCUAUUACUCUUUCUGGUUUCUAUUGUCCCUAUCUAUCAUUUCAGCAAGUGGAACGGUAGUUCUAGUCAGCAAAUAUUUCAGUGCAUAUGCUGCACAAAACAGUAUGUAAAUUUGUAUGGCACCAAAAAUCAAAAUGAAAACCAAACCAAAAACCCAGACACCCUAUGUAACUAUUGGAGGCAUGUAGGUGGUAUAAACGACUGUAGCUGUGACACACACACGGCUACGUGUCACGUCACUUUCCAUAAUUAUUUACUGUGAGAUGAUUGAGAGGCUUUUGGUGCAGGCAGCCAUUAACCUCCUGCUUCCUUUGUUACCUCUGGAUCACUUUGCAGUAAAUUGCAGGUCUUUUAAGAGAUUCAAGCUUCAGUUUUCUCAAAACAAAACAAUUAUCCUGUCUUAUCUGAAAAUAGCAGGGUUGUGGGCAAAAGAGGCUGGUUAUAAUAAUGCCCUCAUAUUGAGUGGUCUAUAAAUGGCUGCACACUUCAGGCACUGUAGUUACUGAAGAUGCUUUGUUAAAUGUGACCUUCACUGGCUUUACAGGGGUGUAGAAUGUAAUAAUCUACACAAGGUGACUUUGUUUGCAUCUAUCUUGCUCUUGAGGUGGAUGAAAUUAAAGAGAAGCUGGAGUGUGUAAGCCAUGCACAUAAGUAUUCUUCACUGUAAAUUUUGUUUUCAUUUUUAACCCAGUUAUGGUACUUUGUCCAAUGCACAACUGAUCUCUCAGUAGAUAUUCAUUUGAAAAUAGUGUGGCCUUGAUCAGUGAGAAGGGAAAGGAGAGAAGUGACUUUUGCUUAUGUAAAAAUGACUCGUUUGCUGAGAGUUGUCAUUCUGCAGUACUCCUAGUAUAAUGUUUGUGAUCAGUGUCCUUUUUGAUUUGGGAAAGUUAAUGUUUUUGACCCUGAAGUUAAUUCAAUUGAGUUAUCUUCUAUUUUUAGGAAGUAUCAGAAUUGCUCUGAUGAAUAACAAAGUUGAUGCUUUGAUGUUCAAUCUCAGGUUUUAGAAUAUAGUGGUGUAAAAUCCCACUAUUAUUAAUUCUUAAAAUAAUUUUAAUUUAGUAUACCCUAAAAGUCACGUGCAAAAGGCCUGUUCAGAGAGCAGGGCCUCCAUCUUUUUGCUCCUUUUCCACUUUGUACUUCACUUGAAAAAGUGUCAAGUGAUUUUACAUUGUAUAUUUCCAUUUUAACCCUGACAUAUUUCUCAAAGAUAAAGCACUUUUUGAUCAUGAAAUACAUAGAAUCUUUGUGUGAUGUGGAUCAUGGUUUCUCAGGCUCCCUUAGAUAAUCUGCUUAUGAAUAUUGUUCUAACUCUGUAAGAAGAGUAGAAAUCUUUGCUAAUGGUAGAAAGUUUGUAUUAUUGAUCCAGAAUGCAUUUUGCUAGUUUCCAAUGGAUGGGAGAGUAAAUAAUGCUGCAUUCACAAUUUAAUAUGUUACUUUCCCUUGAGCCUUAAGGUAACUUUCUUUUCUGUCAACAACAGCACUGAAGUUAUAGUAAAUGAAUGAGAUUAUCAGUUUUCAGGGUUGGUUUUAGAGUACUGUAAAUCAAUUAGCUGUCUUCCUAAGGAAUUACAACUCCAAUUCAAUAUACUAGAUUAAUGGGUAUUGUGGGUGGGGCUGGGGAGGGAUAGUUUGUAGAAAAGAUAAAAGAAAAAAAGAACCAUUUACCUUAAGAAAAUGUAGACAAAAAAGAAAGUGCAUGUCAUAUGCCCCAUUUGAAAUUCCAGAUGUAAGAUGGAAGCGGCAAAUUAUAACUUAAUUUUUUCCCUGUUUUUAAGUUAGAAAAACAAAGUCAUUAAUUUUCAAAUAUUAGCCCCCAGAAGUUUCAAGAUAUAGUUGGACUCUUGAAUAGUGACUUCUAUUGAUAUAUCUGACUUUACUAUUUAAAGUCAUCUUUCCCAGCCCUCGGCCUUAGAACCUAGUUUCAUUACUGAUAGAUUUAACAGACUCUUACUUGAACAAAUGUGAUCUAAUUGUCAGUACUGAAAGUUAGAUUUGGAAAAUGAAAAGAUAAUAAAAUUGCAUCAUGUAGACGUAUUAUUACCAUAGUAAUUCCCAGUUAAUAUCUGUUCCCCUGAUCCAAGUAAGGCCUUUAUGAAUGUAUUUUAUAUUUCCUAAAGAAAUAGGGAAUAUGCCAUCAAUGUAAUCACCUCUAUUCACAAUCUUUUACUUUCAUUUGGAAAUCUAACUCAAGCCUCUUAAAUUAGACAUUCCAGUUGGGAUAGGUAGGUAGAGCCAUGUUAAAAUAGCAACUGCCAUAUUGGUAGUUUCACUGCUCUGUAGGACUUCUAAUAGAGAGCAGAGCUUUAUUAGAAGCUAAAACUUUAUCAUUUUUCUCCAUAGAUGAUUCUAACAGUUUGACAAAAGAGUAUAAAUGUACUUUUAAGUAACAUGAAAUUCUGAGUCUAGGAGCAAAUUCCAUUUCCCUUGUAUCUAAUGUAGAUUGACACGGAUAAAAGAGGACUAAUUAUACCAUUUUAGUAUGAUGAAACGUGGGCCCAGAGUAUUGGAGAGAAAGCAAUAGACCUAUUCAGUGUCCACUAGCAUAUUGCAGAAGGCAUGAGUUUGUCUUUUUUUCCCUGUCAAUAACUCUUCAAUAGUUAGCUCAAAAUUGAUUUAGACCAUCUCUUAUUUCUUAAAGGCAAAAUAUUUCAUCCCCAUUCUUAACUCUAUGUUGUAAGAUUAAACUGGUUAGAAAAAAAUCUUUAUAUUUGGAGGUAGAAUGGCAAGUGGUUUAUUUCUUCCCUUUUAAAAUUCCUUUUUUAGAGACAUAACUGUAGGGACAGUCCCAAGAAAAUUGAAGAACUGGAUUAUAACACUAAACACAUUUGUGUUGUAGAAAUUUGAGAGUUUCAUUUUCAAUUGAUAAGGUAUUAGGCAUAAACCCUUUUCUCCCAGCCCACGUGUCACCCUGUAUAUAAAAGUUCUCUGGAUUCCUAAAAGUCAAUAGAUUGGGCAAACUGACUUUAAAUCAGUACGGGACAUACUUAAAAGAGUCCAUGGUUUUGCACAUUUUGGUAGCAGGCAAGUAUAUUUGACUUCUUUUCAAUGAAUUAUUAAUAUUUGAACAGUAAGAUUGUCAUUGUAUUUGGACUUCUUUUUCUGAAGUUUUAGAACGAUUAUAUUAGUAGGGAUUUAUUCUUCCUUUUCUGCCUUUGUGCAGAUGUGUUUCCAAGAUGAUUUUUAAAAAUCCAUCUGUCUUCUGAUAAAUUUCCAGAUAAUACAUUUUCCAGUCUAUAGGAAUCUUCACUGCCAAUCAUAACUACCAGUGGUUUCCUUAGACUAGAUUCUUCACUCCAAAGCUGGGACUUAUGUCCUGCCAGUAGAGAAUCUAUAGAAAUAAUUUGAAUGAAUUAAAACCAAAUCUUGAUAGCAGGAGACAGCUUCCUGAUGUAGAUGUACAAUUAGAGUUUAGGUUGGAAAUUACUUUAAAAGGAGUUUUUUGGGAUGUCUUCAAUCUCUGUAAAUACCCACAUGCUUAUGCAUUGUAAACCAAGUGUGUCAAUGUAUGAAUUUGUAGAACUGAUUUCUGCUUCAAGAGAAGUUGCACCUUUAAUUUUGUAAGGUCCCCUCUACCUGUAACCCUAUAAAUGUUUGUAAAUAGACACUAAAGUUUGUAGUGAUAGGAUCAAUUUGGGAAUAUCUGCUGAGAGACCAAAAAGUUCAUUUUUUUAAGUACCUUGGUUAAAGAGUAAAGAUUAUUCCUCUUGCUUAUUUUUUAAAAGAAGAAUGCACUUUAACAAACAUAGAGCUGCAUGGGCAAUUCAAACAAAUCCGUAAAGUGCAGUACCCAUUCAGAAAUCACACUUCCUGAAAACCGUACAAAAGCAGAGUCCAGACGGGCUGUUGAUCUCACUGCCUGUAGGUUGAAGCUCAGAUUCUGAUCAAUUUUGAGACAAGCAGGGCUGCUUCAAAAGAGCAAUGUGAAUACAGCCAGAAGCUUCAGACAGGUCUGUAAAAUGGCGGGUCCGGUAUUUACCACUAACUAGCAAAACUGACAGAAAAACUCAUAGAGAAAAAAGUUAAGAAUCCUUCCUGCUGGUGUGCACUCCUUACAAUAGACUUUUGCAAAUGGAGUUUUACAGUCUAUAUUUAAAAAAUUGUAUGUUUGUAACAAAUAAAGUAUGCGGAAAAGUGAAUGACAA